UUUUAUUUUAUUUUUCUGGAUUUGAAUUCGAAUUUGUGAUAUUAUUGCAAAUUUGUUGUUUAUGGUGUUGUAAGAAAAGUUUUCUUGGCUAUUAAGUUUUGUUAUGGAUUUUGUGAUGUGAUGUUGUUGAUUUUUGUUCAAUAAUGAUCAAUGUUAUAUAAGGUGAUGUUUUGUUUUUGGAUGAAUUUUGGAUUGAUCUUAUGAUUCUCAUCUCAUAGAUUGCAUUUCUCAAUCUUCAUUGAUUUUCAUGGAUGAUUGGUUUUAUGAAGCUCUGACACGGAUACCAGACACAACACUUACAGGAUAAGAAAAUGACAUAAUUGAAUGUAAUCACAUAUGCCAGUGUCCAGCGCCUUCAGCGUCGGUGGAUUGUCAUUCUUAAUCGUGUUCUGCACAUCUCAUUUUUCAUCUGAUGGCCAGUGAAAGUGUUGAAUUACCGGUUAUCCCAGAUGUAACUAAGUCACCUGUGAUUGAAAAAAGAAGGCACUCUGCCGGGAAGACUAGCUCUGGAAAAAGUAAUGGAAAAAUCGUUCCGCAUUAUCUCAGAGCUUCCACCGGUUCCUGUCAUGAUUUUUGUAAAUAUGGAAAGGAGCAUGCAUUUGCAUCAAAGGAAAGACGUUCCAUACCUAACAGAGCCACAAGAAAACAACUUCACCAAAGUUCACAAGAGAGUGUUGGCAGGGUGAUCGCCAAGUCCAAAAUAUCGGCUGAUUCCAAGCCAACAAGUAAGAUGUCGACAGCUGUACUCGAAGAAUCAGUUGAUUCCAAGCCAACAAAGAUGCCAACGGUCGUACUCAAAGAAUCGGUUGAUUCCAAGACCGGAAUUUCUGAUGCCUUAGAUGCCAAUUCACACAAACUUCCAUCAAAAUCAGUUGUCAAGGAAAAACAUAUUGUGAAUGAAGUUAAGGUUAACAGGAAGAAAACACCGGUAGUGGACAAACCACCAUCACUCCUCUCGAAGUCGCAUGCUUCUCCAUCAACGAGUCAAGAAUUUUCAUCAUCAACUGAUAAGGAGGUGCGGUCGCUAUCAAAAUCAACUUCUACGAAGGUUGAAACUCCAUUGAAGUCAACUCCAAAGAAGGUGAAAACUCCAUCAAAAUCGACUCCUGCUAAGAUGGAAACUCUAUCAAAGUGGAUUCCCAAGAAGGUGGAAAAUACAUCAAAAUCAACUACCAAAGUCAUAACUUCGUCAUCAAUUGCUGGUGAGGUGGAAGCUGUGUCCAAACCGACUCUCAAAAAGGUGGAAAAUCCAUCAAGAUCAACUUCCAAAGCCAAAACUACCAAGACGACAGGAACUUCAUUGCAGUUACCUUCUUUAAAUGUUAAAGAAAUGAAGUUAUCGGCAAAACAUUCGAUAUCUCUGAAUUCGAAUCGUGUCGCAAGGAAGAAAGUAUCAUCCUCUAUGAGUUCCUCGGAAGGUUUUGAGGACAAAAGAAAUAGCGAGAUCAAGAUGGAAAAGAAAGUAUCCCCCUCCAAAACCGCUCCAAAAAAACUGAUAUCACCUAUAAAAGCUUUAUCAUCUCCGAGAGCUUCUCUUAAAAGAGUGUCAAGUCUAAAUUCCAGAAAGAAUAAGAGCUUGAAAAUUGUGUCUCAUCUUAGGAAUCAGAACACUGCAAGAAAAGUUGAACUUGAUGAACACAACAACAAUGAGGUAGAGGAAAAGACAUUGUACGUCGUCAAUAUGGAAAGUGAAAACAAUACUUUGCAAUCUGAUCAAACCGCAAGCUAUGAUGAUGAUUCAUACCUCCCUCAGUUGUCGACACCUAUUUCUUCAUCAACCUCGAUUACUCAAUCCUUAUCCGAAGAAGACCAAGAGGAAUCUGAAUAUACAACUAGUGAGUUUGAGGUAGAUUCUUUGUCGGCAAGCUGCGAAAUCGAAUGCAUGGAAAAUGAGGAGACUUUGGAAGAUGAAAAGAAAGGCAAGCCAAGAAAGGUUAAGGAUGUUGAAGACAAGGACUGCGAAAUGAUGAAGUUAAAGUUCAGAAGAGGGAAAGUGAUUGAUAAUCAAAUUGAGAAAAAUACUCCUAGGAAGCUAAAAUUUCGAAGAGCGAAAAUGCUGCCAGAGAAAGCAAACGUUGAAGAUGACGGCGGAAGAAAAAGCUACAAAAAAAGAGAUGAAACAUCUAGUGAGAGCAAUAUUGCAAGUCAAGAAAAGGUUGUUUUGAGACACCAAGAUAUUGAGGACAAGAAAGAUGCACAAGGAUUGUUGAAUAAUGUGAUUGAGGAAACAGCAAGUAAACUUGUUGAAGCUAGGAAGAGCAAGGUUAAAGCAUUGGUUGGUGCAUUUGAAACUGUUAUUUCUCUUCAAGAGAAGAAACCUUCUGCUGCAAACUCUGUUAGUUGAUGAAAUCCAUUUGGAUGAACCUUUUUCUGUUUUUUUGUUCUUUUGUGUGUAAAUAAAAUUUUAGGAGAAUAAGCUUUGGAUGAAGGGACUACACAGUAGAGGUAAACUUUGCCUUGAAUUGUUCCUAGAAGCUCUGAUUGUAGGGUUGAUUAGAGGGAUUUUGUUUGUGUUUGGAACUUAUCUUACUUAACUUGAAUCUUAUACUUUUUUUGGUUA